UUCAGAGCCGAUUGCUUGAAGAUGCAAUGUGCAACUCUUGGUCUCCGAGGCAUAAUGGUGAUUUGUUCUCUGGGCUUAAUGAUGGCCUCAUCAGUCGAGCUGAAGCACUCGCGGCUGUGGACAUCAAGCAUCAAGCCGGAGGCGGAGGCGGACCUGCAGGCCUACCUCAACUUAAACAUGACAUGAUGUAUCAUCACGGCAUGGGCGCACCUCCGCCAGUCAGUAGGCCACACCACCAAAUGGGCCACAUGGAUGGCCUGGAUAUGCUGGACCCUAUCUCAACCUCCUCGAUGACGACAUUGACGCCCAUGUCCGAGACGCCACCCAGCCACAUGUCCUCAUACGGUAUGAACCACAUGAUGAACCACCACCACCACCAUCAUCAUCACCAUGGAGGCGGCCCAUUGGGUGGGCACGCGGGGGGUGGGCACCCAGGGGCGGCACAUCAUGCCACACACCCAGCCGCACACCAUCCUGCAAUGGCGGCGGCGGCUGCAGCGGCUGCUGUGGCUGGGUUACAUCCGGACGCGGACACCGACCCUAGGGAACUGGAGGCAUUCGCGGAGAGGUUCAAGCAGAGGAGGAUCAAACUGGGAGUCACGCAGGCUGAUGUUGGAAAGGCGCUAGCAAACCUGAAACUCCCUGGCGUGGGCGCGCUGUCACAAUCCACGAUAUGCAGGUUUGAAUCCCUGACGCUAUCCCACAACAAUAUGAUCGCGCUGAAGCCCAUUCUGCAGGCGUGGUUGGAAGAAGCUGAGGCGCAGGCGAAGAACAAGAGGAGGGAUCCAGAUGCGCCUAGCGUUCUUCCUGCAGGUGAAAAGAAACGCAAGCGCACCAGCAUAGCGGCGCCCGAGAAGCGCAGCCUGGAGGCUUACUUCGCAGUGCAACCGCGUCCUUCAGGCGAGAAAAUCGCCGCUAUCGCCGAGAAGCUGGACCUGAAGAAGAACGUGGUGCGCGUCUGGUUCUGCAACCAGCGCCAGAAGCAGAAACGCAUGAAGUUUGCGGCGCAACACUGACCGGAUGUUAACUUCGGGUUCCCCGUCAACUAGCACCCAAUGUAAAUACGUUUCUCGUACUGUAUUAUUAUUGUCCUGUGUUAGUCCAGCUGUUGAUUCGCGGAUCAUUAGAAGUGUGAUAUACAGCGUCAGUGAAGUGACAAUUAACUACGUAUAUUAAACUCAAUGUCAUUGUGGCAGUAACGCUACAAAGCAUUUAGUUUUGAGGAACAAACUGGGUGCUGAUAAACAACGUGGCCAAACACAAGAGGUGAUAAGAAAGACACUUCAUAUGAACGUGCGAAAUUUUUUUGUGGUAUCUAUCUUUUGUUAAUAUACUUAUAGCAAAGUUUCAGUACGUUUAAGUUUGUUACUUUGUAUCUUGGAAACGAAUCAUUACCAGACCUAUUAUAAUAUACUUUUUUCUUAGAAUCACCUGAGAUAUGGACCUCAAAGUUUGGCUGGGUACUUUAUUAAUACCCUGUAUUGUUACGAUUGAUCCAGUUGGCGUCGCCUGUCGAUAAAGCCAUGAUUUCUGAUUAACGUAUUCAACAAAGCGUAAGUCAAAUAAUAUUAUAUGUCGAACAAGUGUAUGAGAAUUACCUAAUGCGAAUAUUGGAAAUUGCUCUGAGGGUACUUGUCCGCGCGUCAUGGAAACAUAUCGUUGACUUGUUCUCUGCUCGGUGUUUGAAACGAGAUCCAUAUAUGCUUGAAUAUUAGAUGGUAAUGUUUUCGUAGAAGACCGAAGUUUCGCCGAAAUAGAUUCUUCAGUUGUACGACAGUGUUUCACGAACUCGUUAGCCUGUCAAGUAAUAUCCUUUACACAAGAAUAUCUUAAUAGUUGCACAUGAAUGAAGUUAUGGCAAGCGACUGUGUCUAUUCGCAGUGAAAAGUAUUUUAUUGAGUUUCCGCAGUAAAUUCAAACGAAUAGGCAUCAAGGUGUAUCUUUCCACAACGUUUUGAAAACUAUGCUGGGUGUACUUUUUAUGAUAGUUGCAAUGCGUACAGUGAAACGGUAUCCCAACCAGUGAAAACUGUGCUCAAUAAUGAGAAUCCCAACGACAAAACAUAAAGCAUGCACUAUUUUCCAACAAAAAAAAAUGCUUGUAUGGCAAGGACAUGUCCACACCUUUGCAGUAACCACUGAUUACGCAUAUUUUUUAUUUCAGAUGUUGCGCACUGCUACCGAGUAUCCUAUUCGAAUGAGUUUUUCCAACAGAAAAUCCACAUACCUUUUAUGACUUCUAUCUUCCAGUGUUUUGUUUUUCGGGGCUACUUUUACUUUGAGCUUGCCGAUCCACCUUUUCCAUGUGGAAUCCUUAUGGGCGAUAUUUUGUGUUCAUUUAAGAGCUAUUGCAGCAAUAACAGUCUCAGUUAGUGCAAUUGCUUUUGUGAGAAGUGCCAGUUAUAUUGAUAUUUGCCCAAUAUGCUGUUGCAAACUCACCCAUCUACCUAAAUAUUCGCAAUGGAUGGUUGUUUACCAAUGCCAGCAAUCCUAUUUUUUAAUUUAAAUGGUGAUGCAAAAAGAGUGAUUACUGAUUUUUCCAUUGAAAACCAUCAUAAAAUUUUUCCACGGAAAAAGGUCUCCCAUUUUUUCACUAACUUUUUUGCAGAGUGGCGUUGCAUUUUCCAUAUUUUCGAAUACGCACACAGAGAGGGGUGAUUGCCAUUAAAUCUACUUCUUUUUUUGUUACCGAAUUUACGAAGAGCGUUUUACCGCGCUGUAAAAUCAAGUGAACUAUGAUGCAUGGCAAACAAAAAAACGGCCAUUUAUUUAGGCAGAAAUGACAACUUUAAUCCAUUCGGUGAGCCUGCAUUUUUUAACGUUUUUUUCCAUAGACGGGGGUCUAUUUAGAUGAAGGCAGACAUUUGCAAAGAUUGCAGGCGUCUUAAUUUCGAAAAACAAUAAAUACUCAUAUGACCUUAUCUUGUUCAUUUUUUGGUUUCGCUAUAGGGAAAGUUAGAUACCCGAGGAACAAUACUCACUGAGCUAGAAAUUCCGAUUAAUCUAGCUGUUUGACAAAAGGCAAACUUUGGAAUAUUGGCUUUCCCAGAUGUUAUCUGUAAGAAUUUUAUAUCUGGUAAAAUGAUGACAAGUAAACCCUCUAAUAUUGGAAUGAAGGACUGGAAUGAGUAGUUGAAUUCUUACUUGCCUGGGGUUGUAGGAAAGACUUAUGAAGAAAGUAACAUUCAGUGUAAAUCAAGCGCAGAGAGAGGGAAGAAAGAGUGAAGCAUAUUGCUUUCGACUGUCCUAUCGUGAUCAAUAGAAGAAUCGCCUAAUUGCCUAGCUCAUUAGGAAUUUGGAAUUAGAGUCUCACGAGUGAAUGGUAACUAUUAGGGAGCGAAUCUCUAGACCACCUUAUUUGGAACUUGGAAAGAUUUUACAGCUUCUCUUGGGCCGAACGGCUCGGUAGAUUCCCUCUACUAGCCUCUUCUACCCGAAGUGUUAGAACCCUAGGUCAUUCGCACACAUCCCGCUAUGGAAGUGAAUAGAGCAUUUUGUCAUAUUAAGUAGCGACGCGCUAAAAUCUAUACCAAAAAUAUUUGUAACUUCCCAUUGCCUCCCGUCACAUAUACACUCGCUUGUAGGUACAACUCCAGAAGGCAGGAGCGCCAUUGUUUGUUUUUCUGUCUGUGCCAUACACCUUGCUUAGCUCAUUUUCCUCACUUUAAGUUGAAUUUCAACCCAUUUAUCCUUGAUCACUAGAGCCUUUCGAUUAAAAUCAGAUCUUGUGUUAUCUGGAAAUCAACUCAUCUACAACAUUCAAGUAUAUGCCCAGAAUCAUCCUCGUAGUUCGCCUAUUUUCUUUUUUCUGUCAGCCUUAGGUAGGUUCCAAGGCAUCCAUGUCUAUAAUAUGAACUCUAGCAUUUUGCUACUAAAAUACUCAUAUAUUUGCAUUCAGAUGCAUUAACGCCGUCUAUGGUUCAUACGAGUAUUUGCAGCAGGAAAAAAAUAAUGGCUAUAUACGCCUUUCAAAUAGCACAUAAUUCGAACAUCGGCAAAAAUACCCGAACGUAAAAAAGGCAAUCUACUACAUCAUCAAACAUUCAAGUGUUUUGAUGAAAAAAUGUUCCACUGCUCAUAACAGACCAGUAAUUAAAGUGUAUAUGCAUAUUACGGAUUCCAAGAAUUACUCUAGAAACUUGCAAAAUACAUACGUUUGACUGUUUCAGUAAAAUGCCUCCUCACGAUCAUGUGUAAAUCAUUUGAUACGUUACCUCAUUUUGAAAGAAAAAAACGAGGUACGCGGCAUACAUACUGUCAACCUUAUUAUAAAUACAAGUACAACGCUUAAUAUAAAAUGGGAACAUUAUCGACAGAGACAGCCAAGUUUGUAAAUAUUUCUAGUCAGUUACAAACUAAAUCUAGUCGUAAAAGUGGUAAUCGAAUAUUAAGUGAUUCUACUAGCACAGUAUUAAAGAAAUUAAAGCAGUAUUUGGGAUCCAAGUGAUAUAUUCUAUUUGUAUAAAUUUUAAAACAAAAGUGCAAUAUAUUUUAGGCAAUAUCUGGAUUCUUUGUAAAUAUUUUUGUUGUAGAGAUAUCAUUCCAGUGUAAGCAAUAAUAGAUUUAACGUUAAGAGAAUAAAGUUUGAGGGAGCAAGUAUAGCUGACAUUGUUUUAAAUCUACCGUAUGAUGAAAUAGGUAAAACACAGUGACGAUUUUGAACUAACGAGAUGUAAAUUCAGUAUAAAGUAAGCAAUUAUUCCAUGGUUACCCAUAUCUAUGCUAAAUACGAGAAAUUUUAUUAGAUAAACUAAGCUGCUUCUGGAUCAAAGUUAAUAAGUUCACUCUAAACGGGCCUGUAUGUCAUUAAUCUCUACGUAAAUUACUUUUAAAUGGUAAAAACCAUUGAUUCGAUACAUUUUCUUGCUUUUACUGUUAUCUUUCUAUUGGUCAUUGUUAUCAUAUAACCAGAAACAAUCCAUUCGAGGGCAGAGUUGAUGAUUACAUGAAGUUUUAUAUUUGUAGGGGCUGCAAGAUACUACACCCCAUUCGUAGCCCAUUUACGCUCAGACAAAACACAACAUGCCCAGAAGUGAGACUGUGCAGGUCCAUAUUAUCCUCAAUAGUCUUGGAAUAAUAUAACAAAAUAAUUGAUUAUUUUUAUAGAAAGAAGUGCACAUACUUUUAAUAGUUCUUUAUUUGCUGGAAGUACUUGAAUCAUCGUCCGAAUAGUUAAUAUUAAUUAUUACAGGUUCAAUUUGAAUAUCGUUCAUAUUGUCCAGAUCCCACAUCUUUGUUUCGAUUACCUCUUGAACGUGACGAAUGCAAUCUUUCCAAUGGUUUGCUGUCACUCUGUUGACAGCUCCAUAAAACAAAUUUUUCACGUCAGAAAAUUUGAAUGUUCUAUUGUUUGAAGAUACAUAGCUUUUUACAUUUGCCCAUAACAUUUCAAUGGGAUUUAAUUCGCAGUGAUAGGGAGGUAGCCUUAUUUUGGUUUUUAGUCAUUUCGUCAAUGACAUUAAGAUUAUAUUCAUAUUUGUGCUGCCUGACUUGAUAGAUAAGUUCUGUUUUGACCAUAUUUUCAUUGAAACUAAUGUCUUUUGAUAGGAGCUAGUGUUGAAUUUCUGCCUUUCUUGUGGACAUUGUGGGAAUUUUUUCUAGUUUUCUAGUGCAGCAUUAUCAAGUACAAUGACGGCAUUGUCGUCAAGCUUUAGGACUGUUUCUUCAAGUCAUCGGUCAAAUGAGCUCCCGUCCAUUUCUUGAUAGUGGUCAGUAGUUUUCUUUGACUCAAAUGCUCAUAGGGCAGUGGGCACAAAGCCAACUAACUUCGCUGCCUAAUCUUACAGAUAACAAAUCGUUUUCCUUUUUCUGGAAAUAAUUAUUUCAUAUAGUAUUCAAGAAAACUAAAAUAAUAAUACAAAUAGAGUAUCUAACAGGGGUCUGUUCCAAAUCUACCAGAUAUAGCUAAGUUUAGUGUAGCUAAGUUUUCGGCGUGGGCUCAGAUUCAGUCUGCUUGACAUUUUUACAAAACAAAUGACGAAUUGGUUAGAUUCACGUACCUGACGGAUUCUUUAGGAAAGUGGUUAGUAAAUCUAAGAAGGCUUGUCUAGCUGAUUUAAUUGAAGAGUCGGCCCAUACUUUAGGUUUUGCAUUUAUCCAGGUUUCAUCCAAGUAAUAAAUCUUCAUGCCCUGGUGGCGGCAUUUCUUUAUUGAUUUUAUAUAAUUCCUUCUCCAUAAAAUAAAUCUCUUGGAUGUCCAUCAAAAUACUAUUUCUGCCCCGUUUUCUAUACUUAAAAUGAAGUUCGUUGAGUAAACUAUUGAAUUUGGUCAUUUUAAAAGUAUUAUCACUAUUAACCUCUUGUAAUACUUUGUCUAUGGUGGGAAGUUCCUGCCUUCAACAAUGUUGAAAACUUUCGCUCUUAUAAACGUUAAGGACAAUUUGUUUUACCUGAAUGUUUAAAUGUCUCUUCUUGUUACGUUUUCGGGUAGGAGACAUUAUUGAAGAGGAAGCAUGACUGAAGGAAGCAUUGGGAGAAAUAUUCUCAGUUUCAUCUGUUGUAUCCGUAGACGACAUGCUAAUGUAUAAACACAAGCUAUGUAUGCACCGACAAUGAAGAGCCACUGCCGGCAUCGGCGUGCCGGCGCUACCCCGAGCCUGAGUUCUAUCCUGUCGAAUCCUGAAUUUGUUCGUAAUUUAAUGGCCGGAUGACCAUUAGCUACUGCAACGCUUAGUCGGCUGCCGCUCUGUCGCGCUGCAUCUUUGUUGUGCCGGGGUGUAAAUGGACUACGAAUAGAGUAUAGCCUAUAACUGCGAGUUGAUUAACUUCAGUGAAACAAACAAAUAAAUGAUAACUAACACUUAAUCUACAAGCUUCAGAAGCAAGUGAAGUUUCAAUAUCGAUCACCAAUUUAAUGUUAGCAUGCGAUCCAGAAUCAUAGUUUUGACUGGUCCUAGUGUGCAAUGGACACAAAAUCAAGUUUGAUAUAAGCACUUUACUUAUUAGGGCAAAUCAUUAAGAAGCAAAUCCUUACAAAUAUGGCCAAUAUUUCUCAGUAAACAAUAAAAAUAAUGAAGCAGCGGAUAAUCACCUUUUUUCUUAGAUGAUAGUGAUUCGAUCUACAAAAAAAUUGCGCCGAUUUGGAUAACCUUGAUAAAUGCUUACUAAACAUUUAAUAUUUUCAUAUGUUUGGAUUUUCAUUUAUAGAAGGGUAUAUUGAUUAUGCCCCAUCUUAAUAGAUCACAAUCUUUAAUUUGACGACUUCACUAUCUAUUGAGCAAUACAUCAUAGAGUGAUGGUAUUGUCAGCGAAAAUAAGAGCAGUUGUAUAGUCGAUGAAUCCAUAUCAUUUGAUAAGUAUCUUUUGUAUAUGUAGUUUUUCAGGUUCAGGCUCAUGCUCGAUGGCAAUAUGAUCAUUCAGACAAGACGGAAAAAUUGCUUCCUUACCAUAAAAUUAAGCUCAUCUCUUAUAAGCUCAUGAAUCCUUUUCACAGGGUAAUAAACAUAUCACAGUUAUUACAGAGCAUAUCUGUUAAAGAGGUUGUCUCAAAAUUGCAAUAUCAACAUUAAUUUUUACUGUGAUUUAGCUAAUUUUCGCAAGCCUACCGAAACUUGUAAAAUUUAUGUGUACGAGUAAACAUGACCUGCAGACUAUCUUUAUUCUUCUUCUAUCUCAUGAAGGAUUAUGGAUGAUAUAAAAUACAAAACGAUUAAGAAUAGCUUAGACGUGAUAUAUAGAAGGUAUCUAUCCCUAACGAUUACUAAAUCGUUAUAGGUAGUGUUGAGGCAUGAUGUUUCAGGUUACCGUUGUUAUCAACAUGAAUAAAAUGGUGGAGCUAGUCGUCAGCAAAUUCUUCUGAAAAAUAUCUAUGUAGCAAUGGAAGAGCUUGGACGAUAUUACAAAAGCAUGUUUACUUCGUGAUGUUCACAAAUCAGAUUUACUAGCCUAGUUACUACUAACAAUUAAUUUUCUUUGAAGCAACCUCUAUAAAUAUGUAAAUAAAUUAGUAUAAAUAUAGUAAAUUCGUCUUUCUGGUACGUGUACAACUUUUUACUAUAACAUUUUGCCAUGAAUUGAGCAGCAUAUCAGACACAUCUAUUUAUUUCUGCAAUGCUAGAUAUAAAUACUCCUUUUCUUCGAAAUAAUAACUACCUUUGGCAAAGAUUUCCACAAUAAAAAAAAAUAAUAUACUUAAAAAUACCAUUUUAAAUCCGUGAGUAUUAAUGAAAUCAUAUUGGCUACCAACAAGAUCAUCGAAAGAUACACACAAGUUUUGGAAGACUUGCCUUUUGAAUGAAAAAUCGAUUGUUACCCUUGUGUAAAAUAAACUGGCAAUUUGGAACAUUUUAGCAGUUUUUUGUUCUUUGUAAUCUGCUGGACGACGAUGAAUAGUGUACAUUUGUAAAUAUUUGGUUUUACGAGUCACAAUUUGUUUUGUACUGGAUAAUGCAUUGUGCAAUAGCUAUCAUGGAAUUUUAUAGUAAAUUGUCAAUUGUAAGAGGAAUACGAAUAAGUUCCAAUAAUUCAUUAUUGUAUAUAGAUAAAUGCGUAAGUACCUUUACAAUGUUAGAAUUACGUCAAAGACAAAUGCAGGUUUCGAAGUCAACUGAUCAGUAAGUGCAAGUUCACGCAGUUACGUAUUCGCUUCCUGUUUUCAAUUUUUUCUUUCCUCUUAUAUAAUCUUUAAUGUAGUAGCGCUACAUUUUCCCGCAAACGUACUUUUUUAUAACUAUACUAUAAAUAAUUUUAUGGUUAACUCAUGUAAUAAAGGUACAGUAAAUAAAUAGC